AUGUCAGCUACAGGUGAACCACUGAAUUUAGCGAAAGAUAUUCAAAGAGCCAUCGAGCUUUUGGACGUUUUGCAAAGGACUGGGGAUUUUCACAACUCUAAAUUGGCGGACCUACAGCGAGUGUUACAAAGUGAUUUUUUCACAGCAGUACGUGAAGUGUACGAGCAUGUUUAUGAAACUGUUGAAGUCUAUGGAAGUCCGGAAGUUAGAGCUAAUGCAACAGCCAAGGCAACUGUGGCUGCAUUUGCGGCCAGUGAAGGUCAUGCACAUCCUCGAAUUGUUGAAUUAGAAAAAACUGAAGAAGGAUUAGGAUUCAACGUGAUGGGUGGUAAAGAACAGAAUUCCCCAAUUUACAUUUCUAGAAUCAUUCCGGGGGGCAUGGCUGACAGGCAGGGAAAUCUUAAAAGGGGCGAUCAAUUGCUGUCCGUCAAUGGUGUGAGUGUUGAGGGAGAACCUCAUGAAAGAGCUGUUGAAUUAUUAAAAUCUGCCUCUGGUACAGUUAAGCUGGUUGUUAGAUACACGCCAAGAGUUCUUGAAGAUAUCGAGGCAAGGUUUGACAGGAAACAGAUCAGAAACAAAUUCCCUUAAAUAAUUUCAAAUUUUCUCAUUUAUAUACGAAUGAAUUAUUAAUAUUGGUAUGAAUUUAUAAAUAAGCUUUGGGAGAGUAUGAUUGAAUUGAUCAGUGAAUUGAUCAAUGAAUUAUGAUUCACAUUUGCAUUAUUAUGUAUAUUAAUCUUUCGUGCUAAUUAUAACUUAUAGCCUUUAAUUCAUUUACUUUCUAUGUAUGUGUCUUUUCUUCAUAGAGUUUGCUGCUAUAUUAUCUCUGCUUGAAUUCAUUUCUUAAUUUUAAAAUUCAGUUCACUGAUUUUAAAAUUAUGCAAUUAAAUUAA